AUGUCUGAGUUGAACUUGGGUCCAGUCGAGGUACACAAUAUUAAGACUUCAUGGUCAAGAACUGAUCAAGACGGUUUCUUUCAAAGAUUGUAUCCAAACUUAUUUGAUCAAAACAGAUCAUUGCGUCAAAUUUUCCACAAUGAUGAGUUGGUAAUCCGCGAACAUUCAAACAUUUUUGCUGACUUGUUCACCUUUGUUGUUGAUAACAUUGAAGAUGGUGCUUUGUUGGAUGAAUUUUUGUACCAGUUUGUCAAGGAGAACCAAAGAUUUGCUGAAACAGCUGUCAAGUACUUGGAGCCAAUGGGAAAUGCAUUGAUAACAUCAUUUAAGCAAGUUUUAAACACUCAUUGGACCAGUGUUUUGGAGUUGGUUUGGAUCAAGGUUUACGUUUUUGUUGCUAAUUCAAUCUUGCAAUUUGAGGAUGAUAUCCCAAGUGAAACCAGCUCUAUUGAUGAAGCAGAUAUUCCACCAUUGAAUGUACAAAGAAACUUGUCCAGAACUACGACUCGUGAACAGAGUAUUGCUGCAGUUGAGACACCAGUCAUGGACUCUGCUCCAACUCCACAAACUCCAUCUACCCCAGUUAUGGAUUUCGAUGUGAAGCCUGGCAGAAUUCAAGAACCAUCUCUUUUGAAUAAAGAUAACUCAAUUGAAAUUGAUUUGAAGGCUAAUGACAAGUAUAAAGGUUUCAGAAGAUCUGUUGACGUUGCCCAAUCACCAAUCCAGGUUCAAAUCCCAACGGCUGACACAUUCCAAAAGGUCCACCAAGCCAAUAUUUCUUCUUCAUUGAAGUCGUUUUUGCCAACUCCACGCGAAGAGGAAGAAAACAGUUUUACUCCACCUAGGCCAGCUUUUGAUCCAAGGAGGAAAAGAGGUUCAAUGUCACCAUCGCCAUCAACUUCACGUUUAUCUUCAAUAGUUACAAACUCCAAAUUCACAAGUGACGAAGACGACCAGGCUGCUGACUCCGAUGUUGAUGAAUUUACAACUCCAAGGGCAAGUAGAAGAGGCUCAUUCUCGGAGAGCUACCAACAACCCACCCCUUCGUUGCUCACCAAGUUGCAAGGUACUCAAGCUAAACCACAAGUUGAAGAAGACUCUUUGUCCGAUGAUUCAACCGAUGAUUCUCCAUUUGAUCCAAGACAAAGGAGAAGAAAUGUGGACGCUACAAAGGCAAUUGAGAUUUCCUCGCCUGAAUCAUCAGAAGUCGAUGAACAAGAAGAGGAACUUUUCAUCAACAAACAACACAAGGAGGUCUCAAGCUCUAUCCCAGAGAGAUCCUUGUGCAGAGGUGGCUUGACUGGAGGCACUUUUGACUACCAGUCAUUUGGUUUGAAGGGAUUGGCUCCAAUAGUGGAAGAUGACGAUCGUUCAUCUAAAUAUGACUCCGACGAUGAAAACAAGUUAAAUACUAGAAAGUCUAGCUCAGGUUCAAGCUGUGAAGAGUCAGAUUCCAGAACUAGUUCGUUGUCGUUACACCAUUCUGACUACAAAUCAUCAAUCUCAUCCGGCGUUGACUCUUGCAAUAUGGUUAAAGGUGCUGGUAUCCACACAAGAAAUGCUUCUGCUGAAUCAGAUGAUUUCCAAUUUUUCACUCCAGCUACAAAAGUGCAACAACCUCCACAACGUGGCCACAAGAGAGAACCAUCAAUGUACUCACUUAGCAAGAGUUACUCAGCUUCUGCCUUGUCUGUUAACUCAAACUCAAGAGCAUCAUUGGGAUUUAUGAGGUCCUCAUUUGUGUUGAAGAAGGAAGUUGAACAAAAUGGAUACAACUAUCCAGAAAACGUUGGCCUCAUUUCAUUGCCAUCAACACCAAGAGUCAAUAGUCCACCAACAAUGAGCCAUACCCUGAAUCAACAACAACCAUUGUACGUGCACAAGGCUAGAUCAUCAACUUCGCUUAAAAUUGGAAACAAGAAUGAAAGUGUGCAAAGCUUUGUAUCAGCCAACGAUACCACUUACGAUAUGCUCAAUGCAUUUGUCACUAACUUGGAAUCAGGAAACCAAUCCACUUCGACUGUUAAUGCCAAGCCAAACCAUUUGCCAGCUAAAAAGAAUGGAUUCUUUUCGAGAGUAUCAUCCUUGUUUUCUACCAAAUCCACAAAUUCAACCCCAAAAUCGACACCAGCACCUUCGAGGAAACAAUCCGUGGCUUCGCUCCCCAGGCAACCAACAUCUUCUUACGGAUUGACACAUGCUAACCAGUCAACUUCAAGUGUGUCGCGUCCAACUAUGAUGGGAAAGACCGAUUCUGGAUAUACUGUUUCUAACUCGUCAACUGCUGUAUCGAGAAAGCCCUCGUCGUUGUUUGCUCCAAACGGAAAUGUCACUGCCACCAAUAGUACCACCAAUUUGUCAUCAGUGGCAAGCACCGGAGCUUCGUUGUUUGCUGCCAACACCAACAACUCUAGUCACUACAAGCAUGGCGUUUCUUCCCACACUGAUUUGGCUUCAGUCUACUCUAACGGGACCUCAAGCACUAGAAUCACCAUGUUUAGGAAAAAGGACCUUGGUGAGCCAAGAUAUGUUCCUCCUCCAACCAAACAUACAAGAAAAGGUAACAAAUACAAUGUCAAGAAAGUUCCUUACAAUGUUUUUGCUUAG